GCGCAUGAAGCGCGCCUCCUCCUGCGAUGAGAUCGAGAACGUGCCGCACGUCCUCCAGCAGCACCACACCGCUGGGCUGCGCCACCGGCGGCAGCCGGCGCUGACGCCGCUCGCUCACGGGCACUGCGGCAGGCCGAGCCUGCUCUCGCUGCCCGAUGACUGCGUCGCGCGCAUCCUCGACUCUCUCGGCGUGGAGCAGCUGCUGCGCGUCACGUGCGUCUCGCGCACGCUCACCGAGCUCUGCAUGUCCAACGCCGCGUGGCGCCGCCGCUGCGCCCUCGCCGGCCUCGGCGGCGACCUCCUCGCCGCGGCGCAGAGGAGGGCGGAGAGGAGAGCCGCGGCACGCCGCAGCGGACGGGAGAGCGGCGGGACGGGCGUCGGCGCCGGCAUCCCCGCCCACGGCGACGGCGCCCCCGUCGCCGUCGACGCCGCCCCGCUCGCAGGCGGCGACAGCCUCCCUCUGAGUGGCGGCGUCCCUACCACUACCCCGGCGGCGGCGGCGGCGGCGCAAGAGCGGCGGAGCGGCUCCACAGGCGCGGUCGGGGCGCAGCCGCCCGACUACCGCGAGCUCUACUUUGCGGCGUGCUUGUGCGACCACCGCCAGGGCUGGCGCGCGUUUGCGUGGGAGGACGGGCAACACAAACAAACAAGCUCUCCCUCUCUCUCUCUCUCCGUAGGACGGGCUACGCGAGCGCGCGCCCGAGCGGACCGAGGCGCUGCGCCU